UAUCUUAGAAUUUAUAGUAGUGUAACCCUAACAGAUUUGGAUCAAAUCUCCAUGGAUUGUCCUCCCUGCUCAACAUGUUUCCCUUCCAUUAUUUCAGUCUUGCUAAGAAACCUAUUCAUUGAAUUGAUUUGCAAUAAUUUCAAUAAACAUUAUUACUAGGAUCAGAAAAUAUAUACAUUCCAUUAAAUUCUAACCAUAAAAAUAUUAGUCUCAAUCUGACAAGGUCCAUGUGUGAUUGAUACGUGAGCCUGCUAGUGUGGCUCAAUAGUCAGAAGCCUUCCUUGGGACUUCUUGCAAUAGAGCAGGACUUGAAGGAAGGUACAGAUACCUUUUCCUUAUUUCUGCCUGUAAAAUUGGCAUUAAAGGGUUUCCUUCUGGCCACCUGUACCUGUAAAUUGGUUUCCCCAUAUAGAAAGCUACGAUGGUGAGAGCCAUGAUAAUAGCGAGGAUAAGACAAGCAGCUCCCCAGCUGACAAAGUCUUGAACACAAGCAACCAUAUGGAGUGGAUGAAUAUUGAGCUUCCUGUAGUUUUAUUAAGUUGUAUCACGGUAUCACCAAAGGUAGACAUGGUUUGGUUUGGCACAGAAGACUAAACCUAUCAUAUAGCAAGAUGUCUAAAUCUGGUUCUGAAUCAUUUAAGCCCAAGGUUCUGCAUAUAGCAUGGAGUCUGCAUUCUUAGCAAUUACAAAUUUACAAUCCUCCAAGCAUACUUGAUGCUCCCUUUGCAACAACUAGAUAAGAAGCCUUGGCAAAUGGCAAUGUGAAGCACAGGGACAGCCCCUGCCUUCCCUCAGACUUGGUUGCUCUUCAUCAUCAUUUGAAGAUGGAAGCAGAUAAUGGAAAUGUUUGCACCUCAUUUGAGAAGAUGGAAAAUCUUUCAGUUCCCCCUGGUUUUGCAUCCCUAACAUCUUUCAUUUUGAAACGGAGUGGAAAUGAUAAGAAAAUUGAUAAAUCUACAACCUUUCCAAUUGCAUCCGAACAAGAGCCGAUUUGCAUGGAGACUAAACCUGAGAUGAAUGACAUUACUGCUUAUAAGCAGGCUCUUAUACAUCGACCGUGGAUAAUCUUGGACCAGUGCAACCACCACAAACCCGAGGAAUCUCAAACAGAGCAUCUUCCAAGGGUUCUCCCUUUAAAUUCUGGUCGUCCAAAAGGGACCAUACAUGGAUGUCCAAACUGCCGUAAUUGUCUGAAGGUGACAGCAAGGUGGCACCCUGAGGAUUCAAGAAGAGAAGUUCUGGAAGAAGCUCCUAUCUUCCACCCAACCGAAGAGGAAUUCAAAGACACACUUAAAUAUAUUGCAAGCAUACGUACCAGAGCAGAACCUUAUGGAAUUUGCCGUAUUGUCCCUCCAACUUGCUGGAAACCACCAUGUGUUCUUGAGAAAAGUAACAUAUGGGAAAAGUCUGAAUUUGUUGCUCAGAUUCAGCGAAUUGAUGGACACCAAGUUCAGCAUGCACAAGAAAUUAUGGCCAGUCGUGAAAAUAUAAAAACCAAGAGAAAAAGAUAUGUAAAAGUAGCCUUGGACUCUCAGGUUGGCAAUAGAAACGCCGGCACCCCAAAUAAUCAGAAUGUUGAAGAAUGUUACUAUGAGUCUGAACCUGGUCCUAAAUUCAGUCUCCAGACAUUUAAGAAAUAUGCAGAUGAAUUUAAGAGACAGUACUUCAAUCAUAAGGAUAAGAAUAAGAUUAUGCUUUCCAAUAUAAAAGCUAUACGUCAACAGCAGUGGGAACCAUCUGUGGAGAAUAUUGAGGGUGAAUAUGGACGGAUUGCUCAAAAUCCAACUGAAGAAAUAAAGGUGCUUUGUGGUAACACUUUGGAAGCUGGAGUUUUUAGCAGUGGAUUUCCAUCGGUUUCUGAUCCUUUGGAGGCAUACACUUGCCCUGAAUAUUUGAAAUCUGGAUGGAACUUAAAUAAUAUUCUUUCAGUGUCUGGUUCCCUUCUUUCUUUAGAAAGCUCUGAAGCUUUACGUAAUUUUGCUCCCCAGAUUCAUGUGGGAAUGUGCUUCUCUCCAUUCAGCUGGAAAGUUGAAGAGCACCACUUAUACGCCUUAUCUUAUGUUCAUUUGGGUGAACCGAGAGUGUGGUAUGGCAUCCCAGGAAGAUUUGCUGUUAACUUUGAAACAAUUUGGAAGAAAUAUCUCCCAGAUUUGGAUGUAAGACAGCCUAAUAUGCAUGAUAAUCUGGGGAUGCAAUUAUCAUGCUCCAUAUUGAAGGCGGAGGGUAUACCUGUUUAUCGAUGUGUUCAGUAUCCUGGUGAGUUUGUUCUUGUCUUCCCUGGGGCGUAUCAUUCGGGAUUUGAUUGUGGUUUCAACUGCUCUGAAGCAGUAAGUUUUGCUCCUAUUGCAUGGCUGCUUCACGGACAGAAUGUUGUAGAGCUAUAUUGUGAACAGAGGAGAAAGACGUUACUUUCAUAUGAUAAGCUUUUGCUAGGAGCAGCAAGGGAAGCUGUGAGGGUCCUAUGGGAAACUAAUCUGUGCAUGAAGAGCACAUCAGACAGCUUGACAUGUAAAGAUGUCUAUCGAAGAAACGUGUUCUUAACAAAAGCUUUGAACUCUCGCAUCCAGAGUGAAAGUUUGAAGAGGAAAUUUCUUUGUACAUAUUUGGUAUCACAAAGAAUGGGUGAAAGUUUCGAUGUCACUUGUAAAAGGGAAUGUAGUAUUUGCCUGCGUGAUUUACACUUGUCUGCUGUAGCGUGUUCAUGUUCAGAUGACAAGUUUGCAUGUCUUAAUCAUGCAAAACAGCUUUGUUCUUGUAUUUGGAGCAACAAAAUUCUCUUAUACCGUUAUGAAAUCAGUGAUUUGAAUGUUCUUUGUCAAGCUUUGGAUGGGAAAUUGAGUGCAGUCUAUAAAUGGGCCAAAGAGGAUCUCGGAUUAAAUCUGAACUCUGUUGCCUCCAAGAGAUCAAAACAAAACCCAGAAAACGUAAGUGGUUCAACCUGCCCUUCACAAGGCUUGCAGAUGAAAGAACCUAUACCCCAGACAGCAUCGGAUGAAUACUCAAAGGGGAAACGCCCUUCACAAAACUUGCAGAUGGAAGAGUCCAUGUCCCAGACAGAAUCGGAUGAAUGCUCAAUGGGGAAACGACGUAAUUUGCAGGAAAUAUUGUAUUCAUCAAAAGAGAAACAAAGUGAAUUGGUUUCGGGUCCAUCAAAAAAGAAACAAAAUCAAGUGGUUUCCCAAGUCAUGCGAACUUCUGGUGGCACUCACAGUAGCUCUAAUGACAUUCAUUCAACCUUUUCAGAUGGUAUGAAAGUAAUCAAUUCUGUUGGCACCAAAAUUGACACGAAGGCAGUUGGGGCUAAGUUUACCAUUUCAAAGAAAGUAGGAGAGCCGGAAGUAUCUAAAGUUCCUCCAGUUAUAAACUCGCGUUACUUGUCUUUUCUACAAGAAAACGUGUUGAUUGAAGUUUCAUCCGAUAGUUCCAGCACAUCUUCAUCGUCAGAUUCUGACAAUGCAUAAAUAGCUAAUGGCCAUUUUUUCAUAGAGGAAAGAAAUAUAUUAGUGUCCUUUGUAGGUUUAUCAGUGUUGGAUAACCAUUUUUUCAUGCCAAGAUUGACAUUGGAAAUUUGGAGGGGACAUCCAUCAUAGAAUAUAGUUACAAAAAGCUUGGCUUGUAUGCUAAUGUUCUUCAACUAUUUAUGAAAGGAUAAAAGGAUAAAAUUUAUGUACAAUUUUUUAAGAUACUUAUGAUAUUUCGUUAAUUUGUGUAAAUAUAUAUUAAUGAAAUUUAUAUUUAA